GAGACAACAGUAGCUUUGGUCAAAAGCCUCUUCCAUAUAUGCUUCCAGAGCAUAAACGCAAACUGUUCGCUUGAAGGAUGUCCUUUACCCGGGAACCUGUUUGGUGUUUGUUUUCUUCAGCCUUUGAUGUAGUGCACCCUGCUGUGCGUUGUGGCACCGCAUAAACAGCGUUCGCUUUCGCUCGUUGAUCUUUGAGACGCCGUGAAACCAUGAACACCAUUCACAUACUGAGGUCAGGGAAGUUUCGGCCACGGGUUUUUGACAUUUUCAGGAAGCUUUGUUAUACGGUCAAACAAACCCCCCUGGACGAUGAAGGGAAAAACCGCGAAAUAUGUGUCAUCAAACGCUGGAUUCGCGAUCAGAGCGUCGUCGCCUCCGAGGACGACGCGAAGCGUGUCCUGGCGGGUCUGAGAUACAAGAAAGGAGAACUGGAACAGUUCAUUGCAUUGGCGAAGUAUCGAGCUCUCAAGAGACGCUACCCCGCUGACAGUGUGACAGACUAAAAUGCCACCAUGUCCAGUUGAUGCAGAAAGUCUAGUUGUUGUUGUAGCGGUAGGGAAAAAGGGGGAUGGAAAACGACCCUGCACAAAAAUGGCAAAGAGUUUGGUCUGAAAACCGCCGGUACGGGUUUAUCAAACUGACUAUCGCUAAUCUUGGUUCUGGCUGUUUACGGAAAUCAGCAGUUGACCUCUAAUUUUGGCAAUCAGCGGUCGGCUUCCGCGUGGCUGUCACACUGACUGGUACCUGUAGCAAUUUUCGCGUCGUGUCCAUCGCGUUGUCGAUACAAGAUAAAAAUAAGGUCACAAGCGUGCAUACUAAAUCUGCCGUCGCUUUUCUUCUCCGUUCCUCAAAUUCAACCGCUGGCGGAGAAGUGUCAACCCUCCAUUAUUCACGGUUAUACCUCCGGCAACGAAACUGUUCGACGUGGAGGUAAGUGCCCGCAGACAGAAGGACGACGUCUCCAGCAGUGAACAUCGCCUCCUCCAGGUCGCCAGGGAAUGAAUCCGUCCACCAGUCACGGCCUAACGCGCGACUCGUACCGCUUUCGAGUCACGGCCAACGCAUAUGACGUACCUGAGAAGCAGGUGUGACAUCUGACGUUGAGAUGCUCUUGUAGAGUGUCCGAUUUCGAAUCGUCUCGUCGGAUGCGACGACGUUUCACACCUC